AUGAAAGGGCUAAUAAUAAUAAUAGUAAUCUGGCAAAAUAAUAAUAAUAAUAAGCGUGGAAACAUACUCCCCGCACAAGGGGUCGAUUUGCAAUUACAGAUAAGAACACCGUUGACUGGUUCAGCCUACGACUUCACAGUCACAGUUCAGACCAAACCGCACCUUCCUUGAACCCACUUCCCCCUCCUUUGAUGGCGCCGCUUGGUCUUCCUUUUCCCACACUCUUCCGCUCUUUCUCUCUUUUCCUACUCUCCUUCUUCUUCCAAAUACCUUCGUUUCCCUCUCUCCUCCAUCUCACCCAUCCGCCUUCUCUUCCCUUCCUCCCCCACCGCCAUGGAUCACAUCUUCACCGCCGUCGUCGCCGCCGUCAUUAGCUUCUUCACCAUCACCCUCAUCUUCGCCGCCAUCAUCCUCGUCUGCAAAAGCAACACCAAGACCCAUCCUCGUCGGCGUCAAAACCGUGGUCAGACUCAGAAUCGGACCCAGCCGGAGCUAUCCUCCAUCGUCGUCGACGGUAGCUGGUCGUUCGAUCCCUACGUUCAGAUCACCUUGCACGAGAUCACUAGAGCUACUAAGAACUUCUCACCCGAUCUCAUCAUCGGCGACGGCAGCUUCGGCCUCGUCUAUAAAGCGUGUCUCUCCAACGGCCUCGUCGUCGCCAUCAAGAAGCUCUCGCCGGACGCAUUCCAAGGAUUUCGUGAAUUCCGCGCCGAGAUGGAAACCCUAACUAAGCUCCGACAUCCCAAUAUCGUCAAAAUUCUCGGGUACUGGGCAGCGGCUCAGGAGAGAAUGUUGGUCUACGAGUUCAUGGAGAGAGGGAAUCUUGAUCAAUGGCUUCACGAUCCGACGAUGUCAUCGUCGUCUCGAAACGACGACGUUUCCAUGCCAAGGGUUCCUCUCUCGUGGGAGCUGAGGUUCAAGAUUGUCAGAGGCAUAGCUAAUGGGCUCUCUUACUUACAUGGGCUGGACAAGCCCAUUAUUCACAGAGACAUCAAAGCCAGUAACGUGUUGCUGGACUCUGACUUCGAGGCCCAUAUUGCUGAUUUCGGGCUCGCGAGAAGGAUUGACACUUCAAACUCUCACGUGUCGACUCAGUUCGCCGGAACUAUGGGAUACAUGCCGCCGGAGUACCGAGAUGGGGUGAAUGUUGCUAACGUGAAGGUGGACGUCUACAGUUUCGGAGUUUUAAUGUUGGAAACCGCGACGGGCAGGCGGCCCAAUCUGUCCGUGAGGGUUGAGAAGAGGGACAUGGGCCUCGUUCAAUGGGCCAGGAAAAUGGUGGACGAGGACUGUCAAAUGGAAAUGGUUGAUUCCAAUAUUCCGAGAGAAGGAAUGAGCGAAGAUAAUGUAAAGGAGUACUUUAGGAUUGCUUGGAUGUGCACAAGUGAAUUACAGAAAGACAGACCUGUGAUGCAACAGGUUGUGGAAUUGUUGGAGAAGAUGGCUGAGUAAGUUUCCGGUCACCGGCAAGUCCGUGGAGGAAUGUUUCCGGAGGCUCGGAAGGUGAGAUUUUUAGGGUUGAUGAAAGGGGUUGUAAAUAGCUGCUGAAGUAAGCAGAGGCAAGGUGAGUUUUAUACUUCAAUGCAGAAUAUGAGUACUAUAUUAGGUUUAGAUAUUGGAAAUGAUCAAUAUUAGAUGUUUAUUUUAUUCCUUUCCGAUCUAAGAGAGGAAAGGUAUAUUUUUGUCGCUGUCUUUUUUUCCCUUGAGAUGUGUAAUGAAUAUCACAAGGAUAUUUCAAUUUUAACUUAAAAAAUCAGACUGGUGAUGAUAUAUAAUUAGGAACCAUGUAGCAUUAAGAUAUACAUAUUGCUGUAUCAAUAAUUUGAAUAUACAUAUUUUUAUGCAGUUAUUUGAACAUUAGGUUAUAUAUGGAAAAUUUCAAUAGAAGAUGUUUCUUUGUUU